CUGAUGGACGGACUGAGAUGCAUUCUUAUUGCCGCUGGAAUUGAUUUAUGCUGUCAUUUUUGGGUUUCUGGAUCACUGAUGGAGGUGACAGUCAAACCUGGAGACAACAUCACUCUGUACUGCGACUGCAAAGUGUCAACCGGAGUAUACAUAGCAUGGUUCAGGAACUGUUCCCAUGAGAAACAGCCACGUCUUGUUCUUAAUGUAUUCAGUCGUGGUGAUUGGAACAACUGUCAAAAACCUCCUCGUUAUGAAUUUGUGAAUAACUCUUCUUCUGAUUCUCAUGACCUAUUAAUCAUGAACAUCUCUGAUUCUGAUGAGGGCUUGUACUACUGUGGAACUAAAGAGGAGAGGGUUGAAGAAAAGUUGACUGAGAAUAUUAUUUACAAUUACGGCUACAUUACAACAAGGAUCAAAGUUGACAUCAACAAGGCUCUCCAGGACCAUGAUUUGUGCUGGAAUCUGGUCUUGUAUCUGUGUCCAGCUGUUUCUGUUCUCUCCGCACUCCUCUCUUCUCUUCUGGUCUAUAAGUUUUGCCAGAAAACAGAUUCAGCAAAGAGACGUGAAACAAGAUACCAAACAUCAAAGACACAGGCUGAAGACGUGUGUUAUGCUGCCCUGGAGAUCCGUCCAGGAUUACAGAGAUCAGAGAGGAGGACGACGACUCAGAGUUCAGACUUCUGCACAUAUUCUGCCAUCAAGCCCUCUCAGGUGUAGAGAUUUAACCUCAACAUAGAAUGAUGUUGACAUAUAAAUGACAAGAACUAAUUUUGUGAAUCUUUUUUCUUUUUUAUCAUUUGUAGAAUAAA